AUGCCUCCUACAAAACGCAUCAAUAUCCUGGUCUAUUCUGGAGCAGGUGCAUCUCUUUCUUCGGUCCGUCAUGCCACCUGGUCACUUCGUCGUCUUCUUGGACCGCACUACGCCGUUCUUACCGUAACUUCCGAUCAAAUAUUGAAGGAACCCUGGCCGGCUUCUUGUGCUAUGCUGGUCAUGCCUGGCGGUGCUGAUAUGGGAUACUGUCGCACGUUGAACGGCGAAGGGAACCGCAGGAUCCGUCAGUAUGUCUCCAUGGGUGGCAAAUAUCUUGGACUUUKCGCCGGCGGAUAUUACGGGAGUUCCAAGUGUGAAUUUGAGGUCGGAAAGAAGGGCAUGGAGGUUGUGGGUGAGAGAGAAUUGGCGUUCUUUCCUGGUGUUGUUAGAGGUCUGGCAUUUCCAGGCUUCGUCUACGCUAGUGAGGCUGGCGCAAGAGUCGUUGACUUGAAAGUGGCCCAGCAAGCGUUGGGCGAUGUGAUUCAAUGUCAGGACUUCAACUCAUACUAUAAUGGUGGAGGUGCGUUCGUGGAUGCGGACAAGUAUGAAGGUGUGGAAGUCCUGGCAAGCUUUGGUGAUGAUCUUGCCGUCGAUGCAGGGAAGGGUAAAGCUGCAGUGGUGUAUUGCAAGGUAGGAGAUGGUGCUGCAAUUCUUACGGGACCACAUCCCGAAUUCGCCGGUAUCAACCUCAACCGUGACGAGCCAUCCAAUCCUCACUACGGCGACAUCGUGGAUGCCCUCCUUGCUGAUGAUACGAAGAGAACCGAUUUCAUGAAAGCAUGCUUAACAAAACUAGGCCUGACAGUUAGUCAGGACAAUCAAUCGGUACCGUCACUCUCUCGUUUGCAUCUCUCAUCUGCACUCAAUGGCGAAGUUGCUGAACUUUUACAAUCGUGGCAAGAGGCGGGCAUCAUCAUCAAUGAAGAUGGCGAAAGUUGCAUCAAAGGCGAGCAAGACACCUUUCGUCUGGAGAAGACGAAUGAGUGGAGUAUGGCUGGUAUCACCCAAGCCAUUACCGACGUUAUCCCCAAUCCUAUCAAGAACGCUGUCUCUUCUGCUCCCUCAGCACAGAGUCCCAAAACAGAAACUGAUUCCAGCGAACCGGAUAGAAUCCUCGACUAUAACGCCGUCAUCAAGCGCAUCCUCCCUCAUACGACCUCCCUCCCGGAUCCCAAAUCAACACCUCAUUUCAACCACCACGCAUUCUACGCCAACCUCAAACACUAUCAAUCUCUCCACCCCGAAAUCUCAGGCGAUUACGGCCGCGUUCUCCUCUACGGGGAAGUCAUAACAAGCACACAAUCGAUCCUCGACAAAAAUCCCACCUGGCUUUCCCACCUCCCAAUAGGCACAACCGCCACGGCAACAACUCAGCUCGUCGGCCGUGGUCGCGGAACAAAUGUCUGGAUCGCACCACCUGGAAGUCUAGUCUUCAGCACCAUCCUCAAGCACAGCUUAUCCCUAUCGAACUCCGCGCCUGUGGUCUUCGUUCAAUAUCUCGCGGCACUAGCUAUUGUAGCCGGAAUCCAAAACUACGAUAAAGGCUACAGUAAACUUCCCAUCAAACUUAAGUGGCCCAAUGAUGUCUACGCUUUGGAUCCCACUACAAAGCCAGGUGAAGAGGAGAGAUACGUGAAGAUCAGCGGCGUAUUGGUCAAUUCUUCUUAUAGUGGUGGCGACUACACACUGAUCGUAGGAAUUGGACUCAACGUCUUGAACGCUGCACCUACCACCUCCCUUCAGCAUCUCGCUCAAAAGGCUCACCUCCAACCUCCGACUUUGGAAAAGUUACUGGCGAGCAUUCUCGUGGAGUUCGAGGCGUUGUAUGCAAGAUUCUGUCGUACGGGCUGGGAUAAGAGAUUUGAAGACAUGUACUAUGCUACUUGGCUACAUUCUGGUCAGAUUGUCACGCUGGAGGUCGAGGGCGGUGCGAGGGCGAAGAUCAGGGGCAUCACAAGUGAUUGGGGACUGUUGGUUGCUGAAGAGCUGGGAUUUGAGGAUCGGCCUACUGGGAGACGAUGGGAAUUGCAGAGCGAUUCCAAUAGCUUUGACUUCUUCAAGGGCUUGGUCAAGAGGAAGGCCUGA